AUCAUCGGCGACGGCCAGGUCUCGCUCGGCUCGCAGAUCAUCAAGCCGAAUGCGAGAAAGGUGCGCAAGCUGAAGGACGGCGUGAUGGCGGGCUUCGCGGGUGCGACGGCCGACGCGAUGACGCUGUUUGAGCGCCUCGAGAUGAAGCUCUCCGAGCACCCCGAGACGAUGCGCGCCUGCGUCGAGAUGGCAAAGGCGUGGAGGAUGGACAACAGGUACUUGCGGCGGCUCGAGGCGGUGAUGAUCGUGGUGGACGAGGCGGGUACCAACGUCCAGCUCACCGGGACUGGAGACGUGCUUGAGUCGCAGGACGGGAUCAUCGGCAUCGGGUCAGGCGGCGCCUUUGCGACGGCGGCGGCGCGUGCGCUGAUCGACGUCGACGGACUCGACGCCUGCGCCAUCGGCAGAAAGGCGAUGGGGAUCGCAUCCGACAUGUGC